UGCGAGGGGUGGUUGAUAAAACAUAUUUUGCCGUCGUGAAGGCAGCGAGCAAAUGCAGAGCAUGGACUGCGACGAGGGGCCGCGGAAGGAAGGAUGCUUCAGAUGCAAGUACAUCGCCAUCGUCCUGUGCGGGCUGCUGAUUGCCGUGGGCCUGGCCGUGGGGCUGGGAGUGGGGCUGAAAGGCCGCACUGAGGUGUGCGACGAGGGCACCAAGCCCCCCACCGUCAGCCCGGCCGGCACCAAGCCGCCCACCGCUAGCCAGCCGCCAGCCCCCAGCUAUUGCCCCCCCGACACGGACUCGAACGGACCGUGGAGCAACUUUCGGCUGCCCGACUACAUCAACCCGGAGCACUACCAGCUGCAGCUCACACCCAACAUGGACGAAGGCUCCUACACCGGUGUAGUGGUGGUCCAAAUCCACACCCACCGGCCCACCAAGUACCUUUGGCUGCACACCAAGGGGGGCAACCUGACCUCGCAGCCCACCCUGCAGCUGCAGGAGGGCUCGGCGCCCGCCCGCUCGCUCGCCCUGCGCCGCUGCUUCGAGUACAAAGCCCACCAGUACUUGGUGCUGGAAGCCGAGAAGGUGCUGUCCGCCACUGCCGCUGGACAGUCCUAUCUGCUCACCCUGCACUUCCAGAGCAGCCUCCUGGGCUCGCUGGUCGGCUUCUACAAAACCACCUACUUGGAAAACGGCAUUAUCAAGAGCAUUGCAGCUACUGACCAUGAACCAACAGAUGCACGGAAAACAUUCCCUUGUUUCGAUGAACCCAAUAAGAAAGCAACAUACACCAUCUCUAUAACACACAGUGAACCAUAUCAAGUGCUUUCAAACAUGCCGGUUGAGGUAAUUAUAUGACCCUCCGAAAUUAAAACUGAAAAACUCAGUAAUGGCCAGAAAAAGACGACAUUUAAAAAAUCUGUUAAAAAUGAGUACUUACUUGGUUUGUUUGCUGUUCAUCAAUUUGAUUAUGAGGAAGGCUCAUUAAGAGGAACCCCUCUUAGAAUAUAUGUCCAGCCUCAGCAGCGUCAUACAGCAAUCUUUGCAGCAAACACCAUGAAAACAAUAUUUGACUACUUUGAAAAGUAUUUUAACAUAAGUUAUUCUCUUCCUAAACUAGAUAUGAUUGCUAUCCCUGACUUUGGGACAGGUGCAAUGGAAAACUGGGGCCUGGUCACCUACCGAGAGACUAAUCUGCUAUUUGAUGAUAGAAAAUCAUCCUCACACAAUAAGCAACGGGUUGCUUCUGUCAUUGCCCAUGAACUUGUUCAUCAGUGGUUUGGAAAUCUUGUCACCAUGGAUUGGUGGGAUGAUCUGUGGCUGAAUGAAGGAUUUGCUAGUUUCUUUGAGUAUAUCGGAGUAAAUGAAGCUCAACCUGAUUGGUUAAUGUUAGAUCAGAUUCUUACAGAUGAUGUUUUAUCUGUAAUGGACGAUGAUGCUUUGUUAUCAUCCCAUCCAAUCAUUGUUAAUGUAUCAACCCCAGCCGAAAUUACCUCUGUAUUUGAUGGCAUAUCAUACAGUAAGGGUGCAUCAAUUCUACGUAUGUUGCGUGACUGGUUAACUCCAGAAAACUUUCAGAAGGGAUGCCAGAAAUACCUCCAUGAUCAUCAGUUUCAAAAUGCAAAAACAGAUGACUUCUGGGAAGCCUUGGCUCAGGUCAGUGGUGAGCCAGUAAAAGAAGUGAUGGAUACAUGGACACGACAAAUGGGUUUCCCUGUGCUGAAUGUUACUUCAAAUGGUCAGGUCUCACAGGAGCGCUUCUUGUUGGAUGCAAAUGCAAAUGCAACUCAGCCUCCUUCGUUCCUGAAAUACAGAUGGAACAUUCCCAUAAGGUGGCAUACAAUAGAAGGAGACAAUGGGACUAUAUUUUUCAACUUGUCACAAGCUACAGUGACGCUACCAAAGAUUCCACCUUCCCACACCCUGAAAGUAAACACAGACCAUAUUGGGUUCUAUCGUGUGCAAUAUGAAGAAUCAGCCUGGCAAAACAUCAUCCAGCAACUGAUAACCAACCAUACAAAAUUUUCAAGCACUGAUCGUACAGGAUUUAUCGAUGACACAUUUUCCCUGGCAAGAGCAACUCUCCUAAAGUACUCUGUGGCCUUAAACAUGACAAAAUAUCUGAAAAAUGAAGAAGACUAUUUACCUUGGUCAAAAGCCAUUUCAUCCAUUGCAUAUAUUCGGAGCAUGCUACAAGAUGAUAACAUUCUUUACCCAAAAUUCCAGGCAUAUUGGAGAAAACAAGUGAAGCCCAUUGCAAGUGCACUUGGUUGGACUGAUACAGACUCCCAUUUGAAAAGGUUAUUGAGGGAAGAUGUUCUGGGGCUUGCAUGCCACAUGGGAGAUGAGGAAGCAUUAAACAAUGCAAGCAACUUAUUUGAAGAAUGGUUGGCAGGAAAAAGUAUAGCACCUAACCUGCGUCUGAUUGUGUACCGCUAUGGAAUGCAACAGGUUGGGAAUGAGUCUUCGUGGGAAAUUAUGUUUAAAAGGUACCAGGAAACACCUCUUGCACAGGAGAAGGACAAGCUUCUAUAUGGAUUGGCUUCAGUGGAGGAUGUGCAACUUUUGGACAGGUUCUUAAAGUAUCUUAAAAACGAAAGUCUCAUAAAGGCUCAGGACGUGUUUACUGUUAUCCGGUACAUUUCAUACAAUAAGUACGGGAAAACUAUGGCUUGGGAUUGGACACGACUCAACUGGGAAUACUUAGUCCAAAGAUACACAAUUAACGAUAGAAAUCUUGGACGGCUGAUUUUGAGAAUAACGACUUCAUUUAACACUGAACUCAGUUUGUGGCAGAUUAAAGAUUUCUUUGCAAAAUAUCCAGAGGCUGGAGCAGGAGAAAUUCCUCGUAAGCAAGCUCUUGAAACUGUGCAGACAAAUAUAGACUGGUUAAAAAACAACAAGAAUGAAAUAGACCAAUGGCUGCAAAGCAAUCACUGAAAACUUAAGGUUAUUGCAAAUCCUCAGUGGAAACGUAAUUGCCAUUGAUUAAGCACAAAGCAUGGAAAUUUGCAGCAGCAUUUGAGUCCUGUGUCAAGUUUUGUGUUAUUUUUUGGGAAGUUUUAUGGAAAUUACUGUUUUUAAAAUCUACAUUUUAAUUGUAGCCUGAUAAUCCAAGAUGGUUUGUGCAAACAUUUGGGGGCUUCCCUUUGUUCUCCUCUUUACAGUCAUUGAGCCUUAUGAUGAUAUUGUUUACAAUGCAAACAAUUAAACUGGAAUGAGCCAUGCAUUGUCAUUAUUGCAGCAAAUACGAUGAGAGAA